GCGUCGGGACUCGGGCUGCUCCCGGCCGGAAGUCGGCUGGGUCUGCGGGUCGGGGCGUGGCCUGAGCGCCGCCGGGACCAGACUGUUUUGCUCUGCUUCCCGGAAUGCGGUGGACGCGUUCCGAUUCGGAUUCCUUUCUGCUUGCGCUCUGUCUCAGGCCCCUCACAGCAACUUGAACACGGGCGUCUAGUCCACGGGACCUGACUUCAUAGACACUUGGUUCUGCGUCCGCAAGCGACCUUGGUCAAGGCGUUUGGUUCCUUCUUCGCAGAGAAAGUUGUGAAAACUUGCGGAGCGGCAGCUUAAUUCAGGGGGUGGGGUCCAGGUUUUAUAGCUGGACAAUUCAGGUUUCCCUUCUGCAUUUCUCUUCCUGUCUACUGUCAUUGUGACCGUGGCCAAGGCAUUUGAGCCUCUGCUCACUUGCUUGGAAACCAAGAAUCAGAAAUGAGGAAAAUCAUACAGCAUCAAUUUUUCACGAUCACUAUCUUGAUUCAACGUGGAGAAGGGAGAAUGGCUGUCUUUGCUGCAGAUGCCUCUGUGGACUAUGUAUGCCUGUCUCAGAGUGAUUGUGGAAGUCAAAAUGUGGCUGUGUGCCCAUUCACCUUGGACUCUGGAUAGCACCAUCAGUGAUGAGAACAGAGCUGUCAUUGAGAAAAUGCUGUUGGAAGAAGAGUAUUAUUUGUCUAACAAAUCACUUCCAGGAAAAUUCUGGGUUAAUCAAAAGGAAGAUGAUAAAAAAUACACAAACAGUCUGCAGAAAACAGCAAAAAUCAUGGUACAUUCUCCUACAAAACCAGCCAGUUAUUCAGUAAAGUGGACAGUAGAGGAAAAAGAACUGUUUGAACAAGGACUGGCUAAAUUUGGCCGAAGAUGGACCAAAAUCGCAACACUAGUUGAAAGUCGCACAGUUUUACAAGUGAAGAGUUACGCCAGACAGUACUUUAAAAAUAAGGUAAAGUGGAAUAUGGAGAAAGAAACACCAACUCAGAAGAGCAGCAGUGAUCUUCAGGUUAAAAAAAAAGAUGAAAGGACAAAGGUGUGGGCAGCAUCCUGUUUAAGGGGGCGUGCUGAUCCUAACUUGAAUGCUGUAAAAAUUGAAAAGUUAUCUGAUGAUGAAGAUGUAGACAUCACAGACGAACUGGAUGAGUUGACUUCUCAAACACCACAAAAGAGUUCUGGCAACCAUCUUGCUAUAGACAUUCCUAAUAGUAAAAUUUGUACAGCCAACCAAGGAGAAUUCAUAUGCUCAGAAGGCCUACUAGCUGCUGCUGCUUCUUCUUCUGGGGAGAAUCUUCAGAACGUGAAGCAAAGUGAAGUAGAGGAAUGUUCAAGCUCAGCAAUUACAUCUUGGGCUGUAAGACUGAACAAUAAUGGCAAAAACACAGUUGAAUUAAGGGAGAAGUACAAUAAACUGGCUGAAGAAGACGAUGUGCAAGAUGAAAAAGAGAUAGCAGAUGAAUCCAAGCACUCCCCUUCUCCAGAGUCCUGUGACAGUCAGCAGGAUUCAAGUGGAAAUGAAAUGCUUUUGCCUCCUUUCCAAACGGUGGAGGAAAGCCAUGAGGGAGAAGAGCUUAAGCCACCAGAGCAAGAAGUGGAAAUAGAUAGAAAUAUCAUUCAAGAAGAAGAAAAGCAAGCAAUUCCUGAGUUUUUUGAGGGGCGCCAAACUAAAACACCAGAACGCUAUUUGAAAAUUAGAAACUACAUUUUGGAUCAGUGGGAAAUAUGCAAACCGAAAUACUUAAAUAAGACCUCAGUACGUCCUGGCCUGAAGAACUGUGGGGAUGUUAAUUGUAUUGGACGGAUUCAUACAUACCUCGAGUUGAUAGGAGCAAUCAAUUUUGGAUGUGAACAGGCAAUAUAUAACAGACCACAACCAGUUGAUAAAGUACGAGUGAGUGAUGGGAAAGAUACAGAAGCAGCAUACCAGCUUGCCUGGCGCCUACAGUCUAUGCGUACAAGGAGACGUAGGGUCCGAGACCCAUGGGGAAACUGGUGUGAUGCAAAAGACUUAGAAGGGCAAACAUUUGAGCAUCUGUCUGCGGAGGAAUUGGCAAAAAGAAGAGAAGAGGAAAAGUGCAAACCUGUUAAAUCUUCAAAAAUUUCCAAACUACCAAAAAGCUCACUUGAUCCCUUCCAACUGAUACCUUGUAAUUUUUUCAGUGAGGAAAAGCAGGAGCCAUUUCAGGUGAAAGUAGCUUCAGAAGCACUUUUAAUAAUGGAUUUGCAUGCUCAUGUCUCUAUGGCAGAGGUGAUUGGGCUGUUAGGAGGAAGAUACUCAGAAGCUGAGAAAACCGUUGAAGUGUGUGCAGCAGAACCAUGUAACAGUCUGAGUACAGGACUACAGUGCGAGAUGGAUCCUGUAUCACAAACGCAGGCCUCAGAAACCUUGGCUCUUAGAGGCUACAGUGUUAUUGGGUGGUACCAUUCUCAUCCUGCAUUUGAUCCUAAUCCGUCUUUACGAGAUAUUGACACACAAGCCAAAUACCAGAGUUACUUCUCCAGAGGAGGAGCAAAGUUCAUUGGAAUGAUUGUUAGUCCAUAUAAUCGAAGUAAUCCUUUACCAUAUUCCCAGAUCACAUGCUUGGUUAUAAGUGAAGAAGUUAGCCCUGACGGUGCCUAUCGUUUACCUUACAAAUUUGAAGUCCAACAGAUGUUAGAAGAACCGCAGUGGGAAUUAGUGUUUGAAAAGACAAGAUGGAUAAUUGAAAAAUACAGGCUUUCUCAUAGCAGUGUCCCCAUGGAUAGAAUCUUCCGCCGUGAUUCGGACCUAACUUGUUUGCAGAAACUUUUGGAGUGUCUAAGGAAAACAUUAAGCAAAGUAGCCAACUGCUUCAUUGCUGAGGAAUUCUUGACUCAAAUAGAAAAUUUGUUCCUUUCCAAUUACAAAAGCAAGGAAGAAAACGGACCGGCUGAAGAGAACAGUACAAAGGAGUCGUUCUUGUAAUUAUUUAAAAUGUCUACAUGCUUUGGCAACUACAGAUGACGCCUAUGCUGACCUUGCCAACCUUGACCUUCUGAGAAUAGUUAGAGCCAAGGCCUUAAAGAAGCACAGAUGAGUCUGGAACCAAGGGGGCAUAUAACACAGAAGUUGAUGAAGCAGGCUCCUGAAGAAAAGCCCUUUAGGAAACAAUGUGUGUGGAAGUGGAGGACCGGAGACAUCUGGGACCCUUCAUCCCAAGUUCUGUCUUUUUGGAGGACACAACUGUAAAAUAAUGAUUUUAAUUUGUUUCCUGUUCUGAUUUUAUAAGAAAAUUUAAUAAUGGUACUGCUCCUAUAUUAGACUUAGUGUUCUUCAAAAAUAAUACUCAAGAAAGCAAAAUCAGGCCAUCAUUUAACCUUGAACCGUUCUUCUCCAGUCCUUUUAAAUGGCCUGGAGCUCCCAUUUCUAGAGUUGGUUUGACCCCAUGCUCACAGCUCAUGAGCACUUUUGCACACUUAGACUCCUUCCAUAAAAAACUUAAAUUUAUAUUUUAUAAUUGUGUUUGUGUAAAAUGACAGUAUUCAUAUUUUGGAUUAAAAUAUUCCUUUAAUCUAAAACUUGGAUUAUUUUUACUAAUAAAAUUAAGUAAAAUGUUUGUUACAUGCUCUGGGAGUCUGAGACACUGUGCCUUAUGCAUGGUUUGCCCUGUCUAUAUUCAGAAGGUGCUGGAAAAAUGCGGUUAGUGUUCUCUGUCCCCUUCCCACCACCUCUAGGUUAUCUGUUGUCACUCAGCCCAGUAGCACUUGUUUCCACUCUCACGGGCCUAUCCAUCUGAGCUGCGUUCUUUCCCAUCCUCGCCAGAACUCAGGGUAUUACUUAGCACCAUUCAUUCUUGGGAGAAAGGGACAGAGACUGGGAAGUGGGGGUGGGGAGACAGUAGUUAGGCAUCAGUAGAUAGACGUUUUUUAUUCUGGUUCCUACUUUGACAGCUUCUGCCCUGCUUCACAGGGUGAGGUCCCUUUCUUUCUUCCCUUUCAUCUCAGGCCCUUUUAUUCAUCCAUCCUCACAGCUCAUAGGUAUAAAAUCUUUAUAUCAUUUGCUGGAAGUGAGAAACAGACCCAGUCAGAUUUCCCUGCAGUUGUUUAGUACUGGCUCAGGCUUCUCCCCAGAAUGUUCCUCCUUCCAGGCUGGGGAGUAGGUGAAGUCUGUGACAGGCAGACUGCAAGCACAUUCAGCCUCUUCAGUUUUCAAGACAAAGAAAAUGUCAGCCUCAGCAUGCCAGCCCAAGCUGUCAUGCUUUCUAGAUUUUAUCCUUUUUACCAUAUAUAUUGCUGGGUUUGAGUGCAAUGGAAAAGCUGAUAGAACCAGUAUGCCCAAGAGUGCUGCUCUGUCCCGGGCCAGCAAAAGCCACCUAAUUGACCUCCUGCUUGUCCCACACACUUGUAUGUCACCAGCAGACAUCCCAUAUGAGUUCCUUAUCAGUAGUAGAGCUGGUCAACCAAAUUUUUUUUUCCUUCUCUCACCUCUACCACCAAGAGACUUAAUCUGGUGCCACAUGGUAUGGCACGAAGAAAGUACUUUCACAGAAGCACAAAGAAAAGCACACGUUUUGAUAAACAUGUACUCUUAAUCAGCAUUAACAAUUUUAACAAAGAAAUUUGAUCUGCAUCUCUACUUUCCUAUUCUUUAAUAAUGCUCUUACGACUUCAUAUAUUUUGUAAUAUGCCCAGAAAAAAAAUCACAGUUAGGAGAAUAAAGUACUGUAUUUAGGUUAUUAUUUCCUGACCUUUUCUGAAAAGGUUUUAUUCAUGCUUUCAUUUCCUGAAAUUUUGCUUUCUGGUAUUUCUUCCAAGCUACCUUAUUCCCUUAGUGCCCCCACUAGAUCACAAAAAAAUAAAAGCAUCCAAUUAAAGGGUUCUAAAGGAAACUAAACUUUAAAGGUGAAAUUAAAUCCCAGCACCUGGGUGACUUUUAUUCCCCUCCUUUGGUGUUUCUGUCAUAUACUCAUGAGUCCCAGGGAAAAUGCCUGGUUUGUUUUCUCUGAGAUUUCCUAGUAGCUUUCCAGGAAUUCAUAAAGUGUUCUCACAGUUCAUAUUCCUGUUUCAUAUAUUAUCAUAAAAUUGAGCCUGUGUGGUGGCACACACCUUUAAUUCUAGAACUCAGAAGUAGAGGCACAUGGAUCUCUGAGUUUGAGGCCAGCCUGGUCUACAUAAUGAGUUCUAGGAACAGGACUGAAUAGUAAGACCCUAUCUUUAAAACAAAACAAAACAAAGAAAAAAUUGUCUGCUUUAGCAUAUGGAUUCUAAAAUUGUGGUUAGAUUUUUAGCAUGGUUUAUGCAGAUGAGUCAUUUGCCUUUAAAUGUGUAGAGUGGAGUUGACUUGCAGAGUUACAUUAUAUAUAAGAUACUGCAUGACAGUUUAUAAACUUGCCACUGUUUUCCUACAAUAUUAGCAGUUUUUGUGAAUUUUUUCACUAGUUUGCAUUUUAUAGUGUCCUACAACAAUAUAAUGAUUUAAAACUAUUUGUACAUUUAAAUGUUAUGCUACAUUGUAUAUAUCUACAAUAAGAAUAUUGUAUAUAUCAGUGUUUGUAGAAUUCUGAUUUUCCCCAAAAUAUGAACUCAUCUUUCUAUACUUACUUGUGACAUAUUAAAAAUAACCUAAUUUUAAGCUUUAAGAUAUUAUCUCACAAUGAAAGCUGAGAAACACGCUACCACAUUGAUGUAAAUAAAAAUUUGAAAAUAAAAGAGGUGUCUCUUGUAAA